UAAACAUCUGUGCAAAAACCAUGUGGACAGCCUACACAAAAGGAAAUUUGUCUCAGAAGCCUUUACAUACAGGUGCAAAAGAAACAAUUCCUUUACCUUCAGUUCACAAGAGAUCAUUGGAGAGUAUGAUGGCUCCAUCCAGUAAUUUGCAUAGCCACAGAUGCUCAAAAAUCCUCCAAGAAUUGUUCUUCUGCCCACAGAUGUCACUUUCACAGAAAUAUACUCACAAAGAUAUUCGCUCAAAAUGGACUAGGAAACAAAAAUGUCAUUGGCAUAUACCAUAUAUGAAAAUAACUGAAGAAACAGACAUGCAAGUGAGGAAACACUUAAAGCACUGCAUGUCUUUCCGUGCUACUAGAAGACUAAGACAUGGAUCAGAGGGUAAAAGUCAAGCAUACCUGAGAAACUCAGAGGUGUUUGUUCCAAGGCUGGAGGCACACACCAUAAAUGAGACCAAAUGCCACUAUGCAGCUUUCAGUGUCUGCUCAAAUGAGUCUCUGGACAGGGAUCACACCGCUGAAUUGACUACAAAAGAAUUAAUUUCCAGACACAAGAAAGUAGAAACUCAAAGAUCAAUGUAUACAAACAGAUGGCUCCUCCAAACACAAGCAAAUGAUGAAGUCCACCAUUCCGAAAACACUGAGACAACUGAUGAAAAGGAAAUCAACAGAAGGAUAAUGGAUUUAUCGCAAAGCAUGUUAUCAGGUUCUCUGGGGUUAUUGGAUGUAAAUAGUUCAAAAGAGAAAGAAGCAGACAGAACUGUUCACAAUGGAUCCUCAUCUUUCACUGAACCCCACCUGAAAACCCACACUGAAGAAGUAAAAUCCUUUAGUGCUCUCUGGCUGAAAAACGAAGGAAUAACAAAUGAUACGAGACAUUAUCAGUGCAGCUCUUCAGACGGUGAUACAAAUAGAGCUGUCAUUAGAGGACAAAUCAAUUUGCCAUGUUUUUCCAAAAGAAAAAUCUUUAUGAUCUAUAUCUGUGGAGGUUAUCAAGAUUCAGAAGUAGAACGAAAUGCAUUAAUGGAAAAAUCCUUUCCUUGGCUGUACAACUAUUGUAAAGAGAGAGGCUAUGACUUCCGGAUGGUGGACCUGAGGUGGGGGAUAAAAGAUGGUAUCACUAAUGAUCACCACAUGGCUUCCCUCCAUAUGAAGACAUUAAGGAAAUGCCAGCAGCUAGGAUUCCAAACCUUCGUUGUUUUCAUUGGGCAAAAGCAUGAUGAUCCCUGUCUCCCAGCAUUAAUAACCAAGGAAAAUUUAGAGGCAAUCAAAGCCACAGCUGAACACAUGAAGCAGAGUACCAAAAAGUCAAAGCAUAUUUUGUCUAGUGGUUUAAAGGAAGAAAUACUAGUAGAUAAAAAAAAUGAAAUUCAAGAUGAUGUUAGUCAACAUGUCCUGAGCCCUGAUGUGUCAACAGAAGAGCAUGCAGCAGAGACAAAGAGCAAUAAGGAAUAUGAAGAGAUUAAUUCAAAUGGGCAGGACUUCUCUAGUGCUUCUCUACUCACCAAAAAGACUGUAGCUGAAUAUGAGAGAGAACUUCAGCUUCUGGAUUGCUGGUACAGGAUGGAUGAAAACUGCAUCCCUGCAGUUUACAGGCUUCAGCCUAUUUGCACGGUGUACAAAGAUAUCCUCAGCAAAGAUCCUACUCGCAGGCAACAAGCUAAAAACAAAUGGAUGGUGACUUUUCAGAAACUGCAUAAGAUAUUUCAAGAAUAUGCUCCAAUUGCUCUUGGACAAGAAGGUGCCACCACACUGCUCAAAACAGUUUUGCAACAAGAAGUAAAUCAAGGAUUCCAGGUCCAGGGAUCUUGUGAAGAUCACUGUCACUGCUUCAAAAGAAACAUCACAGACCUGCAGUUCAGUCUGUCAAGUCCCCAAGCAUCAAAAUAUAUUGACAUUCACCAACCAAGACCAGAGAUCAACAAAGCAAUGCAUGAAGGACACUGGAACUUUGUGAAAAGCAUUCACUCUAGGCUUCGUCACACAAAUAUCUACAAAAAGAACAUUAGCUGGGGAAGAGAUGGAAUCAGCCCCACCACCAACAGAUCCCAUGCCUACUACCUUGAAUGCCUUUGUAAUGACUUUCAGAAAAUUGUUGUCAACCAGUUCAACAGAACAAUCAGUUCAAAAGAUAUUCCGGAAAGACUACAUAUAAGAAGAAAGCAAGUAUUUAAAAUUCAUAAUGAAGAAGAGCUUCUGGAACAUAUCCAGCACUGUCAAGCUUUGGUUAAAUGUAUAAUAGGAAGAGAAACUUUUUUGUGCAAACUGAAGAAUCAAGUUACAUCCUCAAACAGAAGGUUGACUGUUGUUUGUGGAGAGGCUGGAUGUGGAAAAAGUGCCAUCACAGCGAAAGCAGCUUCUUUGGCUUCUAACUGGAUCUCUGGGAACCUCAGAGUUGUUAUUCGAUUUAUUGGUGUUACUGGUGAAAGCAGAAAUAUCCGACUGGUUCUCUUGAGCCUUUGCUACCAGAUAGCUGCUAUCUACAAUGUCUCUGUUAAUUUUUCCAAGGAUUUUGAAGGAUUGGUGGAAGAGUUUCUCUGCUUACUGGAAUUUGCUACAAAAGACAAUCCACUUCUAAUAUGCCUGGAUGGCAUAGAUGAAUUCUCAGAGGAAUAUGUUACAGACUUCUCUUGGAUACCUUCCGAAUUACCAAAGAAUGUGUAUUUUAUUAUUUCCACAUGCAUAGAAUCAAGUUUUUCAUAUUUAAAAAAACUGGAGAAAAUAACAGUAAAAGAGAAUAUUUUACAAAUACCUCCUUUAACAUUUGGAGAAAUUAAUGAGAUGAUCAGCUCCUGGUUAGAAAAGGAUUGCCGAAGACUCUCACAACAACAGCAUGAUUGCUUAAUGGAUGCAUGUGUCGCUUGCCCUCUACCACUUUACAUAUACUAUGCUUAUAAGGAGUCCUGUUUAUGGACAUCUUUCAGCCCAGAGACAGAGGUGUGUCUUCCUCAAAAUAUACCUGACCUGUAUUCGUGGACGCUGAGCAGAAUGGAAAAAUCCCAUGGGGAACAAGUUGUUGAAAGGAUGGCAGCUUAUGUUACACUUUCAAGGAAUGGCAUAACUCAGGAAGAGUUGCUCCACCUUAUGUCCAUGGAUGAUGUGGUAAUUCAAGAAGUAGCUAAAUUCCAAAAAGCCUCAGUUUCAGCAUUCCCUCUAGUGCUAUGGCUGAAACUUUUGGAUGACCUUGCAGAGCAUCUGAGAGAGCAAAGAACUGACAACACUUAUGUUUUUAAUUGGGCUCAUACAUCUCUAAAACAUGUCUGCAUAGACAGGUAUCUCAAAGCACAGGAUUCUCAGGCAUCACUACAUGCUACUUUUGCAGAUUACUACCUGAGCAGAAUCCCACAUGAACCCAGGAAGUACAGUGAAAUACCUACAUUUCAGCCUCUUGCCUGGGCUUUAAAAAAAAAAUCCAAGAUCAGCUACAUCUUUAACAUUCGUAAGCUCUUUGGGACUCCUUAUCACCUCAUCAAAUCUAAGAAUAUUACUGCCCUAAUCAAAGAAUGUCUCUUUAAUUAUGAGUUUCUCCUGCAUAAAGCUUGGGCUUCAUCAGUUAUCAGUGUUGAAGAGGAUCUAAGAGCAGCUAUCAAUGCAGACAGGAGUAUAUGUGACUUAACUUUAUUAAGUGAAGCUCUCAAGUUAUCCAAGGAAGUUUUAAUACAAGACCCAUGUCAGAUAGCUUCACAGCUUAUAGGCCGCCUUCAUCAAAUCAUGGCAGCAGAUAAACCAGUGGCCCCAGGUGAUCCCAAAAAAUAUCUCUAUCUGCAGGCACUUUUGUCUCAGUGCCAGAAAUCUUCCAUUCCUGUUCUUCUUCCUUCAACAUCUUGCCUUAUAGAACCUGGUAGACUUCUCUGUGACCUUCUGAAAGGUCACUUGGACAGAAUUACAGCCAUUGGAGAAACCCAGAAUGAUCUCACUGUUGCAACAGUUUCCAGUGAUGGUACUUUGAAAUUGUGGGAUCUGAGGGUUGGCAAAGCUGUCUUCACCCUGCGUGGAAUUGGGAAGAAUAUCAGUGCUAUUGCUGUAUGUUUGGAGAACAGGCUGGUGGCUAUGUCUGACAAAAGCACCAUUAAAAUCUGGGAUCUUUCCAUGGAAAAAGUGAUAUAUGCAACUGGCAAAUGUUGGGGUACUCCAAUACUAACAUCUGCAAUGAAUGGACAACUUUUACUGGUUUUUUUUAAUGGCAACCAUAUGGUUCAGGUUUUUGAUCUUGUUCACUCAUGCCAUUUGCUCCAUUCGGUAUACCUUUCUACAGAGGAAGCACCUAUCCACAAGACUUGCUCCAUACUGGUAUCAAAAAAUUCAAUAAAAGAUUAUGUUCUCUGUGCCUUUAGGAGUGGAAGUGAAGCAAUGGUCUUUAGUGGCAAAAAGGGGAAAGUAGUUGCUAAGCUGACAAGCCAAGAACCAAUGGCAGCAGCUGAGGAUGUGGCUGUAACAAAGGAAUACUUCCUGGUGAUCUUCAGGUGUCCAUUCAUGAAACAGCGUGAGAUUGUGCAUAUAGAGCUCUACAGUGUCCACACUUUUGCCUAUGCUCACAGUCUGAAGGGAUGCUGCAAUGAUUAUAUUCACACUUUUGCUGUGAAUCAUUUGGGCUCUCACUUGGUGGCGUUCAGCCCCAUUCCGAACACCAAUACCACUGAGAUAGUGUCGUGGAACCUGGAAUCCGAAGACCACAAACAUUUGGCUAAAUUUCCUUCAGUCCCAGCUGGCGGUGCAUGCACUGACCUUCGGUACUGUUUAGCAUUCUGUGAUGGAGACAAUUAUCUUCGAUCCUGGAACUUAGCGUCCAAGAUCAAUGACCAGUCUUUGACUGUCACUGCAAGCAAAGCCAAGAAAACAAAUGGUAUUCAGGAUAUUCUAACAAUGGAGAACUAUUCUAGGUAUGCUGUGUGUCGAAACACAAGUCCAGGAGUCAUAACAGUGUGGAACAUCGUGAAAUCAAAGUGUAAACGCAAUGCUGUGAGAGUGGAGAGGGGAUUGGUAGAGAAUACGGAUGUAGUGUUGGCCAGAGACAUGAAGCUGUAUGUCCUUACAGACAAAGGAAUGGCCUCCUUUGCAGAGCCUCCAAGACCCAUAUUUCAGACUCUGUUAGUUUAUGAUAUCCUGAAAAAGAAGUACACAAAGAAGCAGACUGGCCUUUACAUCAUUCCCUGUCCAAAUAACGAAUAUAAGAUCCUUGAAGGAGGCCUCCUGCUUGGUCUUUCAGAAAACAGAGACCAUUUUAUCACCUGGAACUUGGAAACUGGAUUUAUUAAGGAUCGAAUAAGGCCAGAAUACAAGGAUAAGUUUUCAUUGCAAGCUCCUCAGUCUAACCUCUCCUUGUCUAAGGAAAACAUGAAACUAUGCAAAGGACUCUUGUCUAAAGGAACAACAGGAUUAUGGCUUCCUUGGGAAAGACGAAAUGAAACGAAGACUGGAAAGAGGCGGCGGCAGCUAAAGGCAGCUCAGAUGGAGAUGGAAAUGUUACAGCAACUCGCUAAUGAGAAGAGUAACGCUAUUGACCAGUACCUCCUGAGUGGAGAUGAGAAGGUUGCUGUGUGUUCCUACUAUGCACAUCACCUGUCAGUGUUCAGCCUGGAAAGCAUGUCGCAUCUCCACACUCUUGAGAGCAGAGAAUCCAUGCUUUUCCUACACACUGCAGCUUUGACCUAUAAUGGUCAUUAUCUGGUGCUCUCCAAUUACAGCGAGGAGGAGAAAGUCAGCUAUGUGACUCUAUGGAAUUUAACCACGGGAAAGGUUAGGAAAAGAUUAAGAAAUGAGCCAAAUGUCUGCUGUACAGCCAUUACCACAGAUGCUAGUAGAAUAAUUUUUGGAGUGAUGGUGGAAAACAGGAUUAAGAUUUGGGAUCCAUUUAAGCACAGACACAAGCUAAUUCAAGGUUAUGAAGGUCUUCAUCUGACAGUGAGCAGCAAAUUGCACAUAUUAGAAGGAACAAAAGCUGUCCUGCUUGCAGGUGAAGUCAGUCUCUGGGAUUUGGAAAGUGGCACAGUUAUAUCCAUUUUUACACCAGAUAGCAAGAUCUCCUACAUGAACGUUGCCUUUGAUAGAAACACAAUUCUUUUAGGCUUGAGUGACUGCCCUACUCUCAUCACUUUGAAAAUGCUGAGCAUCAACACUGCUACAAGUUCAACAGGAAACAAUUUGUUUGGAGAGGAAUCCUCAAGCAGUGAAGAAGAGCCUGAAGUUACUUAA